UUCUCCUUCUCCCGAUCCUACACUCUGCACUCUCUCCUUCUCUGUUGCAAAAAACUCCCGCCGCUGCACUCUACACCCCUCUUCCCUCCCGCCGCUGCACCUCUUCCUCCUCCUCCUUUUCGUUUCUCUCCGUCACUCUCAACGCCACACCGCCGUCGCCUUCCAGUUACAGGACCUCAACGACUUUCUUCUGGAGGAAAACACUUGAAAGCUGUUGACGUCAACAUGAACAACAUGCCAGAUGUUGCCAUGACUCUUGCUGUAGUUGCUCUUUUUGCUGAUGGACCAACUGCCAUAAGAGAUGUGGCAAGUUGGAGAGUGAAGGAGACAGAAAGGAUGAUCGCCAUAUGCACUGAACUAAGAAAGCUGGGAGCAACUGUUGAAGAGGGACCAGAUUACUGCAUAAUCACACCGCCAGAAAAAUUAAACGUGACAGCAAUAGACACGUAUGAUGACCACCGAAUGGCCAUGGCUUUCUCUCUUGCUGCCUGUGGAGACGUUCCAGUUACUAUCAAGGAUCCCGGUUGUACCAGAAAAACAUUCCCCGAUUACUUUGAAGUCCUUAGGAAGUUUACCAAGCAUUGAACAGCGGUUAUAAGAUAUAUUUAUCUGUAGAUAGGGAGAGAGAGGGAUCGUCCUUGUGCCUCUACAGCCAAAGCAGUGCAGAUGGAAGCCACACUUGUUUCAGUUUCUCUUUAUUCCCCUGUAAUUUUGGAUGAUUUGUAUUUGCGAGUUGAGCUCGUUAUUGUUUCUAAUAUUUGUGAUCUGAUUCUACUCAAUAAUAGUGAUUCAUGAUUUGAUUCAUGAUUUGGCACUGCA